AUGGCCAAAGCAACACCAAGUGCCGAUUCCAAGGGCAAGGGCAGGGGCAAGCCAGCGCCUCUCGAAGGUGUCGAGAAGGCCCUGCCCACGCGUCCCGGAACCUCAGGCACGGAGCACCUCCUCAUCACGAACCGGCGACAAGCAUCUGAGCAGUUCGUCAAGGCCCAGCGCGCCGAGAAGGCGUACCGGGCGAAGAAGCACGCCUCGCUCGCCAAGUACAAUUACGCCGACACCAAGGGCCACUUCAAGGAGAGCUUCACGCACUGCGGGCUCGGCAUGAAGGGGCUCGUGUCCGUCAUUCGGGCUGUUCCUUACCUGAUCCGCGACAAGCGCGAGAAACGUCGCCAAAAGGCGGAACUUGCGAAGCGUCAGCGGGAUCUGGAGAGGAAGAAGAAGCUCGAGGAGGAGCUGGCUAGGCAAGAAGUGGACGAUGAUGCUGAUGAAGAGCAUCCGGAAUAG